ACGCUGCCAGCUCAGGGAAUCGGAUAUUUUCAUGCAAGCUACCUGUUCUGACUGCUACACUCAUCAAAGAUAAUCUGGCUCUUUAUCCAGUACGAUCUCUGCUUGAGGAUGGACACGAAUGCAGGUUGUUUGUCUUUAUUGGGUUCCUCUCCAUCAAUGUGUCCAAGGCCUCUGUCAAACCACCCAAAGAGUGGCUCAACAACGUUGCUCAACAUCUUCAGUCUUUUUACUCGCAAAGAAAGAUCCAAAGUAACGACAGUCAAACUCCGUCUGAGACGAUCAGGCUUAAUACCAGUCAGGACAUGACGACACUGACGACGACCGUUCCAACAACACAAACUUACCAUGAAGCAUAUCCACGCAAGUACCGUUUCAUCAUAGACGAACCAGAAAUAUGCAACCAGCAAAAGCCAUUUUUGGUCCUCAUGGUACCAGUGGCUCCUCAACAACUGGAGGCUCGCAACGCCAUCCGGAGCACAUGGGGUAACGAAAGUGUUGUUCAAGGAAAAAGCAUCACGGUCUUGUUUGUGCUGGGAUUAAGAGGAGAUGCAGAGGGGGCAAACCAGCAAGAUCAGUUGAGUUUAGAAAGCCAGAAGUACCACGAUCUGAUCCAGAGUGACUUCGUGGACACGUACAAGAACCUGACCAUAAAGACCAUGGUGCUCUUGGACUGGCUGGCCACACACUGUCCCCAAGCAUCCUACGCCAUGAAGAUAGAUUCGGACAUGUUCCUAAAUCUGGAGAACCUCAUGAGCUUGCUGCUGGCACCGGACACACCCAAAGAAAACUACAUAACCGGGAUGGUAAUGUGGAAUCGACCCGUUGUCCGAGACCCAUCUUCCAAGUGGUACGUUCCGAAGGACUUGUACCCCGAGGACUUCUACGCUACUUACCUGCUGGGGAUGGGUUAUGUGUUUUCUAAUGAUCUUCCAGAGAAGCUCGUCAGGGUCUCGAAAGACAUACUUCCAUUUACCAUAGAGGACGCGUACGUGGGUGCGUGUUUGGAAAAACUUGGCAUCCCGCCUUCGACCCCACCUGACCCGUCCCGAUUCAAGGCUUAUCACAGUGGCAACUUUAUACACAGCGAGUUUUCCAGAGUCAUCACGACGAUCCUCAGCUCCCCACAGCAGCUAGUAACAUUUUGGCAGAAACUAAAGAGGCCUACGUUAUCAGAAUCGUGACGUCUCUAUACGGCAUGGUUUUAAGGCGCAAUAAAAAUACUUUGAACGUCCCGGCUUUUAAGCCUGUUGCACUAAGGCGCUGCUGUUCCUUUAAGACUUGCUCAGGAUCUCAUGCGCUGUCAAAUGUUUCCAUGAAAUUCAUGUCCCUGGGGAUUUCCUCCAGGUCCUCCAACACCCCAAAAAAGACACUUUUGCCUACACUAAAUUGUCCCUAGGUGUAAAUGAUUACUUGUGUGUUCAUGCACUUCAAGGAUUCAAAGGACAAUUCCUUUACAGGGAAAAUAAACAAGACUCUUUUUUUAUUAGAGAAUUGUGAAGGACCAACUGUGAAAAAGUAUAUUUAUAUUUUCAGAAUGCGUAUGUUGUGUAUCAAAACAUUGAAGGCAUUUUUUUAUAUUACUAAUACAACAACAUUAAUUAGCCAUCUUACUAUAAUGCAAGAUAAUUCUGACAAUAAUUGGACAACCAUAAAGCAUGACAAAAACAUGGAUAAACGGUAGGAAACAGCAUGAUCGGCUACCUCACAUCGUCACUCACCCACUGGAUGCCUCCUUUUUCUACUGGCGAAGUUUCCAGUAAUAAUGAAGCUGCGCACCUCAGACAGGCUUUGGGUUGAUUGGGAACUUAACAUCAUAUAACAACAAUGAAGGAGAUUUUUUUUCAUUCAGUAAUUCAAGGAAACUUUUUUUCAUUCAGUAAAAGGGUUUGGCCUCAUAAUGUUCUGUGCUCAUACAGUUAAAACAAAACAUAACAACCCUCAGAUUCUGCUUUACACACUGAAGGAUGGGCUGCACAAGACGGCAAGGCAGAGCUAGGGAACAACUCAAGCCAUUGGGCACAGCUCUAAAAAAGUGAAAAUUCACUCCUUUGUGAAUCUGUUGUAAAAACAGGAAAGCUUCUUGACAUGCACUAAUCAGCUGUUUACAAAAAUAUUAAGAGAAUAUUAUAUAUAUAUAUAUAUUAUAUAUUAUUAUUAUGUAUAUAUUUAAAAAACUUUCUUUGGUAAGGAUGGGUGGAUUAAAUACUUUAAAUUGUCUAGAGUUUUGUUUAGAACUAGUUACUUGGCAUGUAGUCAAUCAGCCAAGACAUGUUUGAUGUGAUAAAUGCUGAAUAUCUUUCCCUUUGUCUGUGGUCACUACUUCAUACCAAGACGACGGACUGCUCGUAUUCACAGCAGUGAUAAAAAAAAAAAAAAAAAGAACAGGCUAAUGUACAGUACGCUAACGCUAACCAGCUAACAUAGGAAAAGAA